AUGCCUCUUCAGAGCCGACUCAAAUCUACAGGGGUUCCAACAGCCAAAGCGUCAUCCUCAACUCCAGCUCCUCCAGCACCCGUCGAUCGUGACGUGUCUGACUGGGAGGUCUUUACAGACGAAGAGUCUGAUAGUGACGCUUCUCAAAACACUGUUGACUUCAUAGAACCCCCGCCUCCUCCCUACAAGGUCGACGAUCCCAGGCUGGUGGUCAACAGACCUACGCUGGGCCGACCUCCCUUGGACAGGCCUGCUGCGCUAGACAGGCCUGCUCCAGAAAAGCGUCACUCAUCAUGGCGGUCAUGGCUCAAUAGGGACAAAGCUGUUCCUGAGAUACCGGAUGAGCAAGCUCUGCGCGCUGAGCGAAAGGCCAAGCGCCAUCGCUCCGAGGUUGAAGCACCCGAUGAGCGUGAUGCUCGUAGAUCGGAACGCCGUCGCCGACAUAAAGAGCACGAGGAGCGUGGCCGUUCUGACAGAGAACGUCAUACUCGUGAGAGAAGUCGGGAGGGAAGCCCCAGCACCCGGCAAAGACGACAGAAACGACGUGAGGGCGAAGAGAGAGAAGUGAGAAGUGACGAGAAGGAAUCUCGACGAGCCUCACGGAGGCCGGAUGGUCGUGCCGAGGAUGUGGAGAGGGAGGCUCGUGAGAGACGUAGAGCUGAAAGAGAACGCCCUACCCUCGACAAGAGACACUCAACCUCAGCUUCCAUUAGGUAUCGCGAGUCCGACCACGGUGAGAGGGAAAGGAGAUCUGGACGUGGCGAGAGUGAGCGACGACAUCACAAGAGCAGAGAACAUUCACGAGUCUCGCCAAAAGAUAUUCCUCGAUCACCCGAUGACGACAAGAGACGGGAAGAGGAUAGAGAGGCCCGCAGAGCAGAGCGAGAGCGUCGCAAACUUCACAGUGAACGAAAACCUACCCCUCGCAUGAAAAGCAGUGACUCCGACCGUCCGGAGAAGGAAAGAUCCCACACAAGGAGUGUCGACCCUGAGCGAGAGCGCGCACACAAAGAGAGACGCCACAGCCGACACCUGAGCAUGGACCAAGAGAUCCGGAAAGAUCGAUCCAAGGACUAUGAGAUACCACGAGUGUCAAGCAAGAUCAAGAGCCCGGAUCCCGAGAAGGAGAAGUUGAAGAUGCAAGAGCGAGAGAGACAGAAAGAGGAGGAGAGAGCGAGAGAACGAGAAAGAGACAAGGAAAACGAAAGGGAGAGGCAGAGACUAGAAGAUAAGAGAAGGGCGGAGGAGAAGAAGAGGAUCGAAGAAAUGGAGAAAGAGCGAGAACAGGAGAGGUUGGAAGAGGUGAAGAGAAAUGAGGAAAAGAAGAGAUCCGAGGAUAAGAGACGAGCCGAGGAGAGAAAGAGAGCUGAAGAGAAGAAGAGGUUAGAGGAAAAGAAGAGGCUGAUUGAAGAGAAGCGAAAGUUGGAAGAGAAGAAGAGGCGUGCCGAGAGCAAGAGGAGAGCAGAGGAGAGAGAAAAGGAGAGAGAACGCGAGAAGCUUGAGGAGAAGAAGAGACUAGAGAAUGAGAAGCGCCUGGAGGAGGAGAGACAUAUCGAAGAAGAGAGAAAGCUCGAAGAGAUGAAGCGCCUCGAGGAGAAGCGCAAGGCAGACGAGAAGAAGAGACUCGAGCUCCAAGAGAGGGAGCGAAAGCUCACAGAGGCCAGGAAGCGCGCCGAGGAGAAGGCUCUCGAGCGAGAGAAGCGCGCCGCCGAGCGCAAGGAGAAGGACGCCCGCCGUGCUCUCCGCAAACAGCAGAAGGAAGAUCAGAAGAAGAAGGAAGAGGAGCUAGCUAGCAAGCCCGCGAUUCUGGGACCCAACAAGUGGCCCACUGCUGGAACACACAGACUUGCACCUGGUCUGGGACCCUUGAGGCUUUCCACAGCUGCGGAGAAGAAGCCAAUGCCCCAGGAGGUUUCCGACGACGACAGCGGCGUUGACUAA